GGGAUAGAUAUUGAUUUCUCCACUCUGAGCCAGAACCACCACAAUAGAUCCAAUGUCUUCCAAAUCUUCAUCCACGGGUAACUAUUAUUUUAUUGACUCCAAUGAGACUUGCCAGCCAGCGCAACCCACUCUGCGGGCAGACGUGAUAAGGAUGUACAAUAUUCAGGAUCUUGCACAAGCGUUGACCAGGACCAAUCCUGAUGGCUCUAAGGGGAUGAAGCUUAGGAAAUCGUACAAGUCUCAUAUUUUGGACUUACCAGGAAAACACAACAUACCCACAGAGGACAAGAGCUUUACUCAAAUAGCGUUGAUGCCGGAAAACCCGGAUUUUGCCAAGCCUCAGAUAGAACCCUUCAGUUUGGAGUACCUCGACAAAAUACUCAAUCUAGAGAAAACUGGAGCCAAUGGGAUCCCUGGUUUUGAUCCUUCGAAAUUGGCGCUUUCGAACAUGGAUUUCUCCGAUCUCAAGAAAGAAAAGAAGCGUAAGCCAGGCGCUUCACUUUCUCCGGAGCAGCAAGAGGUUAAAAGGAGGCACGUGCAGGUCAAGUUCGACUGAACCCGUAUUACAGUUGACACUUGUGCGCUUCUUGUACUAUAAAUAAAAACUUUGCAACUAUAACUUUUAUAUUGGAACAAUUCUAUCUAUCGCUUACUUACUGCUUUAUUCAAACGAUUGACUCUCUUUUUGCUUUUGUAAACAAACAUCUUAUUCCUCAACAA